CCAGGCAGCCCCCUCCAAGCCUUCCAGAGGCAGGCAGCUGCAAACUGGCUCUGAGGGUGCUGGGCUCCCCUGGCUCCCCCUCCUGUUCCAGGCGCUCCUUGGGGCUUGCAGGACUGGCGUCUUGGGAGCUUCCAGGCUCCCAGCAUCACAAAGGAGACUCCCGUGAAGGGGGGGGACCCCUCUACAAGUAUAGCAAAUGAGAAGAGCCCCUACUUCUUUGCUUGAAGCCCUGCACAGCCAAACCAUUGGACAAACUUUGCCGAGCACCCCAAGAGAAGCGAAAACAAAAUCAUGGCAAGAGGAAAAGCCAAGGCUGAAAUCUCUAUGCUUUUUGUUUUUCCCCUUGCUGCUGUCGUUCCCGCUGUAGCCUGGGAUUAAUUAAGUGCUGUGAACCCAGUGCCUGAGAGAGAAGGGGAAAAAACGCAUCCUAUCUGUAAGGAAGGAGUACAGUAACAGUUUCCCGGUCAGCCGCGAAGUGCAUCGCUGUCGCCCGCAGUGUUUGUGGAGGGACUGCGGGGACAGGAAAGCUGGGCCAGGCUGGAGGAGGCUUGUCUGUCCCGAGCUGGACGGGGUUUCCCGGGGGCUCGCCUUGCCCUGCCAGGGAAGAAUUUCCACUUUGGUAGCAGCAACGACACCAGCGGCGGCGGCAGCCGCCGCCGCCACAGCAGCAACAGCAGAAACGGCAGCAGCAGCCGCCCGACCUCCUCUUGUGGGGCUCAGGGCAGAAUGCCUGUACUCGAGCGCUAUUUCCACUCGGCAGAGCUGGGCAGGAGGUGGACGGCCCCAGAAGGUGCACUGGCUUCGUCCCCAGGCAGCCGGCCGGGGUGCCAGCAGGGGCCGCUGCCCUGGGACUUGUCAGAGAUGAUCAGGAUGGUAAAGCUGGUUUGGAAAUCCAAAAGUGAGCUGCAGGCAACCAAGCAGAGGGGCAUUCUGGAACAUGAAGAUGCGCUCCACAGCCUUCCAGGAGAUGUACGACUAAGGGGUCAGACAGGGGUUCCUGCCGAACGCCGCGGCUCCUACCCAUUCAUUGACUUCCGCCUACUUAACAAUACAACAUACUCAGGGGAAAUUGGCACCAAGAAAAAGGUGAAAAGACUGUUAAGCUUUCAAAGAUACUUCCAUGCAUCAAGGCUGCUUCGUGGAAUUAUACCACAAGCCCCUCUCCACCUGCUGGAUGAAGACUACCUGGGACAAGCAAGGCACAUGCUCUCGAAAGUGGGAAUGUGGGACUUUGACAUUUUCUUGUUUGAUCGCUUGACAAAUGGAAACAGCCUGGUGACACUGCUGUGCCACCUAUUUAAUACGCAUGGACUCAUUCACCAUUUCAAGUUAGACAUGGUGACCUUACACAGGUUUUUAGUCAUGGUUCAGGAAGAUUACCACAGUCAAAACCCAUAUCACAAUGCUGUCCAUGCAGCUGAUGUCACCCAGGCCAUGCACUGCUACCUGAAGGAACCAAAGCUCGCCAGCUUCCUCACACCUCUGGAUAUCAUGCUUGGACUACUGGCUGCAGCAGCACAUGAUGUUGACCACCCUGGUGUGAACCAGCCAUUUCUGAUCAAAACAAACCACCACCUUGCCAAUUUAUAUCAGAAUAUGUCCGUGCUGGAGAAUCACCACUGGCGAUCUACAAUUGGCAUGCUUCGAGAAUCAAGGCUUCUUGCUCACUUGCCAAAGGAAAUGACACAGGAUAUUGAACAGCAGCUGGGCUCCCUGAUCUUGGCAACAGACAUCAACAGGCAGAACGAAUUUCUGACCAGACUGAAAGCUCACCUCCACAAUAAAGACUUGAGACUGGAGGAUGCAGAGGACAGGCACUUUAUGCUGCAGAUCGCCUUGAAGUGUGCCGACAUUUGCAACCCUUGUAGAAUCUGGGAGAUGAGCAAGCAAUGGAGUGAAAGGGUUUGUGAAGAAUUCUACAGGCAAGGUGACCUGGAACAGAAAUUUGAACUGGAAAUCAGUCCUCUUUGUAACCAACAGAAAGACUCCAUUCCUAGCAUACAGAUUGGUUUCAUGACCUACAUCGUGGAGCCGCUCUUCAGGGAGUGGGCCCGCUUCACCGGCAACAGCUGCCUGUCCGAGACCAUGCUGAGCCACCUGACCCACAACAAAGCCCAGUGGAAGAGCCUGCUCCCUAAGCAGCAUAGGGGCAGGGCCGGCGGCAGCGCGGAGCCCGCGGGCUCGGGGACCGAGGCCGAGGAGCCACCGGAGGCCGAGGACGCGGCGCCCUAGAGGCGCAGGGCCGUGCCUGCUUGGAGUCGCCCAGAGAGGACGCAUCACCCCAGAGCCCGGCUCCUGCGCCGGCCCGCCCAGUCGCUGUCUGGAUAUUUUUUGUGCAAGGUGCGGGAAGGGAAGCCCCUUUUGAGCGCCACCCUCCUCCUGCACCCCACCUGCCUCCCUUCCUUUUCCCAAGUGUACAGAAAGCCAUUUGUCACCUCAGCAUUCGCUGCCGAAAUGAGCGCCUCCAUCGGGAACGUGGGAGCUGACUGUAGGGGCAAAGUCGCCCCUCCACCCUGAGGACAAGACCAGGAGUGAGGAAGAGAGCCUGCGUCCUGUCCCUCUGGGUCACGCUGGAUCACCCGGGACAGGCGCGCAGCUCCGGAGCAUUGUAACCUAUUUGCCAUCUGACUGCUGAUCUGCAUGACAAAAACACCAGCAUUAGUGGCCCGCCAAGGGUGUUGGUUGUAAGUGCAAAGAGCACAAAGGAGAAAGUACUUUCUAUUUUAAUAAUAAUUAUUAUUGUAAAAAUAAUAAUAAAUCUUUUUAACGUUUUCUAUUUUGUGCACUAGAACAAUGGAGCUGAGACUUUGGAUUAAGAUUCCUCAAUGUACCCAAACUUGAACAUGGGGUCAUUGUUUUGUUCCUGACUUGGUGCCACCUGGGGUCAGAGGUUUUUGGCAUCUUCUCCGUCUCUGGAGCCACGUUUCCCAGCCGAUCCGGGGCAAGGUGCUGCACAGUCCAUCCCUUUGCACGGUCAGCCAGUCUUGUCUUUUACGGAUUCCGUGACAUGUUUAUAUGCACACAUGUACAUGUUCUGUAAAUACCGAACGCUACUGAUUCCCAUGCCAAAAUACGUGAGUAUUGUGGGAUCGCUACCUGUAUAAACAAUGGCACUGUGAACAGAAUCCUCUUCGUUUUCCUACGAGAGAAUGCAUUUGUAAAUAUGGUAUAGAGUUUAUUAAUAUUCGAUGGUUUGCAGGUAAAGGCCUUAACUUCCAACCUCUUUCAUCUUCUGAAAGCUUCCCCACUUCCGCCUUCACAGCUAGCUUGCUGACCUGCCCACCCUUGCCCAUCCUUGUGCUGUCCAGCUCUGAUCACAAAGUGAGCAAGUCAGGUCUUGGAAGAUCCAUGGUGGUAGCCGUAUGUGCAUUCUGCUUGACACCACAGGGUCUCUUCUAGGGUGCCCAGCCCCGUUGUCUCUCCUUCUGAGACAAUGCGGCCAACCCUGAAGUCGCUUCUCCACUCUGAAGCCACAAGCUGAUAAGCUUGUGUUUGUGGGUCGCUGGUUAUAGAAGACAGCAGGAUGGCAGCCUCCCAGGAGACACAUAGGAGGAGGUCUCAAAAACCUUCUCUGACCCUGUGGUCUAACCGCCAGGGAAUCCCCUGUUCCCACACCAUGAAUUUGCCUGUUACGGCUAUAGUACCAAAGUACCUUUGGUUUACAGUUGGCGUGUAUUUCUUUGGUGUGAACUCUAACUGGAGUUUUCUUUUUUGUCUUAAUUAGUGUGGACAACUACCCAACUGUUUUGCUGGAGUUAACAUUAUUUAAAUCAAGAAAGUAUUUCAGUUUUAUGACACACCUUCCUGGCAGGUCACUUGUGGUUAGUUAUGACUCUUGCUUAGCAGAGUCUCCCUGGGAUUUUGUUGCUGUUUUCUCUGCAGACAUUUGGCCGGAAAAAUCUAUCUGUGAAAGCUUUCUUCUCUAGUCGCUUCUACUCUGUGCACUGAAUUGUGCGUUUAGACAUUCUCACAUAACCUAUGUCAGAUGUGAAUUGUCCCUGCCCCUUUCAUUUUACAUUAAACAACAUGAUAGUGGGAGAAAGCUCAUUUCUGCCACUCUCAAGCCAUUUCUUAAACUAAUAGAAUGGCUGCUAGCUCUCAUUUCUUCAGUGCAACUGAUUUUACAUAUAUAU